AUGCUGACAAAAUCGUUGAUUGUUCUGGCCGUUGUUUUGGGUGUUUCCCAGGCCCAAAUGGUCCCUCAAUGCCUGUGUUCGGAUGUAGAGCCGUGUAAAAAGAACUACGUCGACUCUGUCAUUCCUUGCGCUGAUUCUUGUCAAGUAAGUUUUAGUAGAUUUGUGGGGUAAAUUGGGCAUUCACAUGCAGCGGAUUGAUAAAUUGAAAGUUAGAAAAGUGACUACGAGUAUCUUAAGAUAGAUAUAUAGUUUUAUGUAAUUUUUGACAGUAUUGACCUAAAAAAACCAAAAAUUUUUGGACCUUAUUUUAGUCAUCAGUCAGAACCCUGAAAAAAUAACUUUUUUAAAAUUGCUGCCAAUGUAUCUAAAAUCUCAAAGUGAGCCCACAACUUUUUCAGGAGCACGCCGCAGCUUUGGGAGCCAACUACCAGCAACUCCGUUCCUGCCUUCUCCAAAAAGAACCCCAACUUCGUGCCGCCAUGUCUUGUGCCGAAGGAAAUCUCCGCGAUUCCUGUGCCAAUGCCCCAGGCCAGACCGUCCCCAAACGCUACCCUGAGACCUUGAAAAUCGCGGCCAUGAGUGAGAUCAACCGCAUGUUGUCCCGUGCCGGCAUAGCCUCUCAAGCCAAGGGACUUUUGGCCUCGGGAAAGAAGUUCUACGGCUGCAUGAAGAGUUGCAUGGACAAGAAGAGCGGCCAAUGCGCCAAGAAGAUGGGUUGUGGCCUCAAGUUGCCCUCGGACUCUCAGCUCGUCCAGGAGGGCAAGCAGUGCGCAAUCCAAGCCGGAUUUAACACACAAGGAGUCCAAAGUCUAUGCCAUUGUGCGCAGAACGCCGGAAUCCGUCAGCUGAAUGGAUUGUGUGACAAGCUUGUGAUCUCUUAG